AUGGAUUGGAAGAUCGUCAAUCCUAUGCCACCAGAGCUUUGGCUUCUGCCAGACUGGGUGCCUUUUGCGCCUUGGAGAUUCUAUGCCGAAACGAGGCUCGUCAAUCUGCCUAUGAGCUACCUCUAUCACAAGAAGUGGACAUAUAAGGGUAAUACUGAGUUUAUCCGAGAUCUGCGGGAGGAGCUUCUUGUUGAACCAUAUGAAGAGAUCAAUUGGGCAGAGAAUAUCGACACAGUGGCACCUUUUGAUAAAACUCCCAAGUCUUGGAUAGCCAAGAGUGCCAACUGGGUGUUCCUGAAUAUCUUGGAACCAUAUGUGUGUCCAAGAUUCUUGAAGGAAAGAGCGGAAUCCUGGGUGAGCCAACAAAUUGAUAUGCAAGACCUCAACACCGACUACGCAGGCAUCGCAGCCACAGGUGCCCCGAUGAACACCAUGAUAUGCUAUUUCCGCGAUGGGCCAGACUCAAUAGGCUUCAAGCGACAUGUCGAAAGACUCCAGGAGUUUCUUUGGAUGACCGCUGACGGAAUGGUCAUUAACAAUACUAAUGGGAGUCAAUGCUGGGACACUGCGUUUCUUGUCCAAGCUGUUUGCCGUUGUGGGUUUCAGGCUGAUGAGAGAUGGAGACCAAUGCUACGGAAGGCCUACAACUAUCUUGAGCGCCAACAAACACGGAAAACUGCAUGGAUCAAAAUAAGUGCUACCGACAACCACGAAAGGGGGGCUGGUCGUUCAGCAACAAUGACCAGGGGUAUACACGCUGUCAUCUUGCUCGAGAAGACGGCCAAUUUCCCCAAGAUAUUCGACGACCAGAGGAUUUUCGAUGCGGUCGAUACCAUGAUGCUAUACCAGAACGCCGGUGGUGGCGUUUCCGCUUUCGAGGCACGACGGGGGAGCAAGCUCCUCGAAACGCUUAAUGUGGCUGAAGUCUUUGGAAAUCAAAUGGUCGAAUACGACUAUCCGGAAUGUACAACAUCGUACGUCACAGCCCUUUGCCUCUUCAGGCAAUAUUGGCCGGACUACAGGAAGCGGGAUGUUGAGAAGUUUAUCCAACAGGGAGUUGCUUGGAUCAAGCAAGACUAA